AUGCUUGUCACUUCACAGAGCGGUAUGCAGAGGCAUCAGCGGCAGCAUCGGCGACAAAACUCUAUCCCAGUAGCUCUGGAAGCAGCGAAAGCACCAAACCUUCCAGCAGCGGCAAUGCAUCGGUAUUCAAUGCAUAAACGGGGGAUGAGUUUAGACCAGCCGACCAACAACCGACAGCCGACCCUCAUGCCAAAGAACACACCAAGUAUGAGCCAAAACCAAUAUACCAAUGUCCUGCGUGAGGCUCAGCAACAGCGCACGAGCCAGUUCAACCAACAGCCAUACUUCAAUGACUCUCAAGUUCACAUGAUGUCCAAUUCAGAUGUCCAACGACUGGAUACAAGAGGCUUAAACGUUUAUACUAACCAAUAUAGCAAUGAAAACUCCCCGAUCAAUGCUUGCACGAACUCUGGCGGGUUGAACAGCAAGAAUGGAAACUCGAAAGGUCAACGAUCCAAGCCCGCCGAGCUCGUCCAGCAGCAGCAGCAACAGCAGCAUCAGCAAGCCCACCAACAGCUAUGCACUGAAGAGAACAUGGCCUUUGCUCAUGGCCUCGAAAAUCACUUCAUGAGCCAAGGAGCAUGGAAUCCAUACCUCAUCAGCCAACCUACGUUAGGUCAGAUGUAUGAUCUAAGACGUGCGUCUGUGCAAUCGGAGAUGUCGUACAUACCAUCAACACCACCGAAACAAGUCCAGUCAAGUUACGUUCCGCUCACCCCGGAUACUACGCCUUUUCGUCGAGGCACGGAUUUUGCUCCUUUCUUACAGAACGCACACGCGUCACCCUCAAAGAAUUUGACUUAUCAGUCUGCACAGCCUGGAUAUAUGCAAAGAACCAAGUCACUUCAGGGUGUCCCAGGGAGCACGUAUGCCGAACCUAGGAUUGAUGUUCCCUCCCCCCCUAACACCGCCCCCGUUGAAUAUGAUCCUUAUGAUUUACUUACUAGCCAGGAGAGUGAUUUUGAAAGUACUGAAUUUCAGCCAGUUUCCAAGACCAUGUCUAUCAAGUCGGAGGACCAGGAAAAUUAUAACACACAGAUUCUCUCGUCAUCAAGCUCGUUUCAGUCUUCGCCAGAGAUAGCAUAUAUGCCAUUACCCACAACAAGCCCAGCAAAGGCGCCAAAAGUACCAAUCAGCCCAGCUACGCCUGUCAAGUCAGGCCCACCGAAAUCAAGCAGCCCAGCAGCAGAUCUGCCACCAACUAAGACCAAACUCUCCCCCAGGGUUGCUUCUAUUGAUAAUCUGAAUCUUGACGCCCGUGUCCAAGCUUCCAUCACCGAGACCGGUAUCACUCUCGAUGAGAUUGCAGCUUACAUCUCCGGACCUGAUCCAGUUGAUGGGAAAUGGGUCUGCAUUCAUCCCGGUUGCGACAGACGUUUCGGAAGAAAGGAGAAUAUUAAGUCGCACAUCCAAACUCAUCUUGGUGAUCGACAAUAUAAAUGCGACCAUUGCGACAAGUGUUUUGUUCGCGGACACGAUCUGAAACGACAUGCCAAGAUACAUACGGGUGAUAAGCCCUACGAAUGCCUCUGUGGAAAUGUAUUUGCACGACACGAUGCCCUGACUCGUCACCGACAACGAGGCAUGUGCAUUGGUGGCUACAAAGGUGUUGUCCGGAAGACAACCAAGCGUGGUCGCCCACCCAAAAAGAGUCGUCCCGACAUGGAAGAACGGCAAGAUAAAGCUGCUCGAACUCGCGAAAGAGCUUCGGCCAAGUCAGCUGCCAUGUCUGCAUCUAGCUCUGACAGCUCCUUUGACUCGCCCUCGCCCUCGCCGCCUUCGGAAGGGUUUGAAAGCAUGAGCAUUCAAGCAUCCAGUCCUUUGGAGGACAUGGCUAUGUUUGAGACGGGCAGCUACUGUAUGCCAUCUGAGGUCUUCUCUUACACGCCUCCCGCAUCUCCCAGUCAUAGCACCGGCACUCACUCUUCGCCAGCUCAGAGUUCGCGCUCUCACAGCCCAUUCAGUGAUGGUGCUCGCAUGUCUCGUACUUCAUCUACUCAGAGUCUUGAAGACAUCACCGAAGAGAUUCCUGAUCUACCACCCAUCGCAGAAGCUGCCGGAUGCUUCGACCCAGAACCAGAAAAUUCUAUGCAUGCAACUUCGAUAGUCCCUGCUCUCACCAACUCAUCAGCUGGCUCUGACAUCGACAUUUUAAUACAAAAUAAUUCCAGCUUUUCAGACUUUGGGGCUGACUCCAGUCUUCACAAUGACAUGGAGUUAUUUUCGGGCAAACCCGUCGGUAUGAAUGACAACGACUUCUUUCUGGACUUCCAUGACGACCAUGCAAAUGAAUCUUUCUUCCAAUGA